CCAGGACAGGGUACCGUGGCGGGAUGGCUCGGAAGAUGAGCAUCAAUGAGCUGGAGGACCAGCUGCUCUGCCCCAUCUGCCUGGAGGUGUUCAAGGAGCCGCUGAUGCUGCAGUGUGGGCACUCCUACUGCAAGGCCUGCCUGGGGUCCCUGGCGUGCGGCCUGGACCAGCAGCUGCUGUGUCCCGUGUGCCGCCAAGCCGUGGACUGCAGCACCUCGCCGCCCAACGUCUCGCUGGCCUGCCUCAUCCAGGUGCUGCAGAACAUUGGCCCCUCGGACCCCAGCCAGGAGUCCUGCCCCUUCCACCACAACCCCCUCAGCCUCUUUUGUGAGCAGGACCAAGAGGUGAUCUGCGGCCUGUGUGGCAUCAUCGGGGCACACCGGCAGCACAAGCUUGUGCCUGUCUCCGCUGUGUACAGCCGGAUGAAGGAGGAGCUUUCAGGGCUGAUAACAGAGCUCCAGCAACACAGGAGGCAGUUGGACGAGCACAUCAGCAAGCUGGUUAACAACAAGACCCGGAUCACAAAUGAGUCAGACGUCUUCAAAUGGGUGAUCCGGAAGGAGUUCCAGGAGUUGCACCACUACAUCGAUGAGGAGAAGGCCAGCUUCCUGGAAAGCAUCGAGAGGAGGGCUGGCCACCUCAUCACCUCCAUCGAGUCCCAGGUCACACAGACGUCGGACGCCCUGCACAAGCUGCAGGAGAUGGAGAGCUCGCUGGAGAAACUAAACAAUGAGAGUCAGCUGGACUUCAUCAGGAAAUACGGCUCCUUCCCCUCCAGGUCAGAGUUCCCUCCCCAGCACCCAGCUGAAGGGACCUUCAGCGCCAUCUCCUUCAAGCCAGGUUUCCACCAAGAUGACAUCAAGAUGACUGUCUGGAAACGUUUGCUCCGCAGAGUCCUGCCAGCCCCAGAGAGCCUGACGCUGGACCCGGUGACAGGACACCCGCUGCUGGAGCUGACCAAGGACAACACUGUGGUGCAGAGCAGGUCCCUUGCCCAGCGUCGGGGCAGCAACCACGAGCGCUUUGAUUCCAACAACUGCAUCCUUGCCAGCAAGGGCUUCUCUUGGGGCAAGCACUACUGGGAGGUGAUCGUAGGCACCAAAAGCCACUGGCGCCUGGGCAUAAUCAAGGGCACAGCGAGCCGCAAAGGCAAGCUGAACAAGUCUCCCGAGCACGGCGUCUGGCUCAUCGGCCUGAAGGAAGGGAAGAUCUACGAGGCCUUCAACAACCCCCGCACCAUGCUGCCGCUCACGGCCCGGCCCCAGCGCAUUGGCGUCUACCUGCACUACGAGAAGGGGGAGCUGACCUUCUACAACGCCGACAGCCCCGACGAGCUGGUCCCCAUCUAUACCUUCCAGGCGGAGUUCCAGGGCAAGCUCUAUCCCAUCCUAGACCUGUGCUGGCACGAACGGGGCACCAACACGCUGCCCAUUGUGCUGCCCACGCCCACCAUGAUUCAACGUGCACGAGCGCCCAGCCCAGAGCCCUCACAGCUAUAGAGCUCCACACAGAGCCCCCGUCCUGCCCAUCGCUUGGAGCAUCAGACCUCUCUGAGCCAGGGAGGGCUUAUAGCUAGUUUGAUCCUCAGGACUGGGAAGUAGGAUCUGUCCCUUAAGAGCAGAGAUGAGCAGGAACCAAACCAGCUUCCCUCCCCCACUCUCUGGGGAAUUCAGACCCAUCCCCACGGAUGGGUUCCACCUUUCCCUGCUGCCUGUUCCCUGCCCAUACUCCUGGAUGGGGCACUGUCAUGACUGAUGCCUGUAUCCCAGGCUGAGGGUCAUGCCAAAGCAGUGGGCACAGAGAGAAAUAUCCUACCCCCACCCCCACCCCCAGCUGUGCAGAAUUAGAGAGGAUGAAACGAGAAUCCAAUCAGGCAUGACAGAAUUGUCUUACGGUGUCAGCUGCUCCUUCAACAAUCCUGUUCUCUCUCCCCAAUCCAACUGCUCCCCUUAACACAGUGAAUCCCAGCCCAUGUAUGCAUGUCCUUAUAUAGCCCUGAGGAAUCUCCCAGUCCCACUACUCAACCUUAGCACCCUUCAUCCUUUCAGAGCCAGAGCACAGUUCAUUCUGUCUUACGUGAUGUGACCUGGGAUGUCACUACACACCGUGGAGCUGCUGGGUGGAGUUAAAUGUGCCCUAGCGCAGGAGGCUUUCCCCAAAUGUCACAAAUACACUGCGGUUCAAAUCCCUCCCCAGUCUGCAGGGAUUACCCCCCAAUGCAACAGCUUAGUUAACUCCGUACAUGUCUCAAUCCAAUGACAAACACCCAUUGGUGGAGGCUAUUUUGAGUGCAAACUGUACCGUACCUUCACUGUUGUCUUUGAUUGGGAUUCCCAGGAGUGUGAGCUCAUGGAGCAAUCAAGACUCGUUAACCUAGUGGUUUUCCCAUCAAAUGAAAGCACCAUAAGACCUUUAGCAAUCUACUUCCCAGAUGGAUUUGCAACAAAGUAAUAUAUCCGCUGACAAAGGAUUGAAGCCACUAAGGAGAGUCACAAGAGGGGAGUGGCACUGGGACUUUUAAAAAAGGAAGCCUUUCCCAUCAGCAAAUUCAGAGAGAAUAUCAGGGCCAGAAGGCAGGGUUGUAGAGGGAUGGCAUGUAGGGAAGCAAAGAAAAGAAGGGUCUUGGGACCCUGAAAAGCAUGAUCAAAACCCAAAUGGCUCUGAGAGUGGUAUGAAUGCCAGGAAAAAAAAUCUGCAUGUAGAUUUUUGUUAAUUUCCAAAGCUUUGUUGAUCUCUUGUGCUUUAUCUGUGAAUAAAGGGUGAUGGAUUUAGAAA